CUUGCACUUUUCCUUAACCUCCAGAAAAAUAUCACCAGCCUUGUAAGGGGAGCUUAUUCCUCGUCACGUCGCAAACAUCACCAGCUACUUCUUCCAACCUCUUUUCCAUCUCCGUUGAUACCCAAACCCUCCCCUCUUCGACCUCUCCGGACCGAGCGACCGGUCAACUACCCCGACGACAACAUCGAAUCCGAUCGUCCCCUGUGACCUAGGUUCAUCGCCCCAAUCGAUUUCUCGCGAUUACCUCGACGACAACAUAGCAUGGCUGCCCCGCGUCCAUACAACAACAGCAACAACCCAGGCUACAUGCCUAAUGGAGCUUCCUCGAUCCCUCCCGGAGCCGCACCGCUCCUCCCCAACCAGGGACGUGUUAUCCAGACUGGCCCCAUCCGAGUUCUGUGCAUAGCUGAUGUUCGAGGAAAUCUCACAUCCUUGAACGAUCUGGCGAGACAAGCACGAGCCGACCACAUCAUCCACACUGGCGACUUUGGCUUCUACGACGACACCUCCCUGGAGCGAAUCGCAGAAAAGACCCUCAAGCAUGUUGCCCAGUACUCUCCCCUGAUCUCCGAGCCCGUCAAGAAGGCGAUCCAGCAGGGCGGCCCCGGACCAGUCAAGAGCCGAUUCCCCGCAAACGAGCUCCCCCUUUCCGAACUUCCUCUACUCCUGAGCGGCGAGAUCAAGCUUGAUGUUCCCGUAUACACUGUCUGGGGUGCUUGCGAAGAUGUCCGCGUUCUCGAGAAGUUCCGAUCCGGAGAGUAUAAAGUACAGAACCUGCAUAUUAUCGACGAGGCCCGCUCGAUGCUCCUCGAGCUCGGUGGAGUGAAGCUGCGCCUCUUGGGUCUCGGCGGCGCCGUUGUCAUGCACAAGCUCUUUGACAAUGGCGAGGGUAGAACCACAAUUGCCGGAGGCCAGGGAACUAUGUGGACCACCCUCCUGCAGAUGGGCGAACUCGUCGACACUGCCCACCGAGUCUACGAUCCUACCGAAACUCGCGUCUUCGUCACCCACGCUUCUCCCGCGCGCGAGGGUAUCCUGAACCAGCUCUCCGUCACCCUCAAGGCCGACUUCUCCAUUUCUGCAGGACUUCACUUCCGCUACGGCAGCUCCUACAACGAGUUCAGCGUAAACCCCACUCUCGAUCACUACCGCGGUAAGCUCGCCGCCUCCAAGGCGUCUUUCAACGACGUCUGGGAGACUGUCAAGAACGAGGUUGAGCCUGCAAUCUCCCAAAACGAGGCGCAACAGAACCUGCUCAAGAACGCUCUCCAGAUCGUCGAGAAGAUGCCUACCACUGCCGCCGGCGGUAACCCCUUCGGCGGUCCUGUUGCCGGCCAGGCGCAGCUCGGCCAGGUUGACGAGAGUGCAUUCAAGAACAUGUGGAACUUCAAUUUGGCAGAUGCCGCAUUUGGCUGGUUGGUGCUCGAGAUCCAGGACGGUCGCAUUGGAACCGAGAUGCGCGCUCAGGGCUUCAACUUCUCACACAGAGGCGCCAAGGCUGCCGCGCCUGUUCCCUCGGGACCCUCUGGCGCUGGCAACUUGCCCGCCCCGGCACCGCCCUCGACGCAGACCACGGCUCCCCCGCCUACCAGUAGACAGCCCUCAUCGCAAGCACCCCCCAAGCCUGCUGUUGCAACACCUCUGCCGCCUACUAAGCCUGCGACGCCUCAGCCUGCUGCCACUCCUGCGCCGCCCGCCGUGCCCGCCAAGGACGAGCGUCCUGCUCCCGCUAACGGUUCGGCCCAUGGUCCAGACCCUGUCUCCUCACCUGCCCCCAAGACGCCUGCUCAAGAUAUAAUUGGUCUGUUCAUUAUGAAUGUCAGUUCCGACGAGCAGACGCGCGAGCUUUUUGACGGCGAGCACAGAAACAACAUCCUGAAAAUCGAGAAGUGGGGUAACUCGAACAAGGUUGUCCAGUUCAAGACCGUCGAGGACCGCGACGCUGCUCUCAACAGCCUGCCCGAGGACCUCAAGACCCGUGCGCAAGAGGACCGGUCCCGCCCCCUAGUUAAGGUCUUCCAGCACCGUGAGAGCAAAUUCCAGCCCCGCGGUGGUGCUGGCAACUGGGGAAGCAGCAGAGGUGGAGGCAACUCAGCAAACACGGGCAGCGGCUACCGUAGCGCAGGUGGCGCCAGUGACUCUGAGAGCACCCGCCGUGGUGGUCGUGGUGGUGGCCGCGGCGGUCGCGGAGGUGAGCGGGGACGUGGCCGUGGCCGAGGCGGACUCAAGGGCGAAGGUGGUGCCUCGCCUGCUCCUGGCCCCGCCACUCCAGCGGAGUAGGACUCUUCGCUCAACCCCUUUGAUGAUCUAUGGAAGAUGGCGCAGGCAUCGGAAUUGAAGCGAUGUCGUCCAUCGAAUGAAGUCUUUGGAGCCAUAAUGGCCAAGUUUGGCCCCUCGAUAUGAAGGGCAAAAAUCAACAUUUUUUGCCGGUUACGACAGGAGAAAAGGGAGGGGCCAAAGAAGAAAAAAACAAGUGCUACCAAUUCUUGUACGCGUACCUUAAUGAGACAGCUCGAGUGGGAGAUGGAAAUCUACUUCUCGAGUUGGACGGGAGUCUGUCCGGGAAUCUUUUCUAAAAGAAACCUUUUUUUCUUCAGUGUCCCCCGUUCAUCCGUGUUGGAGUUCUUUGAAUCAAUGAGAAAUAAAACAGGGGUGUUUGCAGCUUCGACGGGGAGUUGGAGAGAGUCGGGACGACAGGCGGACUUGAGGGAUGAUGUUUCAUUCUAUUUAGCUCGUCGCUCUCGAGGUAGAAUAUGGGCGGAUGGUGGUAUCGAACGGAUAGAUUCCAAUUCAAUGUCUACCAAACACGCAUUUCUCUGUGGCAUCCAUGAACAGAGGCUAAAGAUCAAAGCGAUGCCUCAAUGUUGAUGUUCCACGAUCACCACAACCCCCUUAAUUCAAGGGAAGAUUAGAUUCCCCUUCCCCUGACUGAUGAGCAGUGAUGCCUGGCUCACAUUGUAUCCCAAUAGCUGAUCUCGCCCUCGGCAGGCCAUCCAGCCCCAUGGGCUGGGCGUGAAACCCAGACAGAUGCUCCCUUCGCCGACUCUUGCGUGGGCAAUAUUCGGCAGCAACGGCCCCCACUACAUCAUUGGUUUCAAAAGCCAGCUGAACGCAGUCUGUGGAUGGGUUGAAAUGGCAUUCCAGCCCAGACGCCGGUGCGUUCUCUCAUACGUUUGAGACGUCUCGGAGUUCCAAUGGAGGCGAUCACAUCACUCCCAUCACGCGUCAUCUCUCCAACCAUCCGC